AUGUUGGCCCACCUGAAAACAUUCUGGAAAGUCAUUUCAACAGGCUGGGUAGUUGAGUACCCGGAACGUGGCCAGCCGCCGAGGGAUUUCUUCGAUCGGAAGGACAGGAGGCCUAUAUAUUCAGACUCCUUGCCAAAAUAUGGGGACAUGUGGUCUUAUCGUAGACAAUGUCAAACGGACGAGGAAGACGGGAGCGAGGAGGGGGAUGUCGAUGGGAGGCGAGAUAAGGCGUAUCCUGGACGGGGACAGUGUGUAGAGGAAGAGGUAUGGGAGGAUGCGGUAUUGAGGUGGAGCGAUCAGAUUAGGUUGAAGGUUGAGAAAGAAAGAAAAUGA